AUGCCAGUGGGUACCGUAAUAGUUCACCACAAAUGGGACCCUGUUCAUCAUAUAUAUGUCGCUGACUCCGGCCUUAUACGCAAACCUUUCACUGCCUUUUUGGUGUUCAGUCAGUCUUUUCAACCCCAACGUGAAUUCCCUCUACUAACUGCUCAUGGAUCAACAGCAAUAAUUUGGGACGUCUCAAUCCUAGCUCUGACCGUUUCGGGUAUGCACAGGUUGAGAAUGCUCGCGCCAGUAUCGCCGCUUUGGUCAAUGUUGUUGACGCAAGGGGCAAGAUAUGUUAUAAUCACGCUUCUAAUCUAUAUAUCCAUCACUGUGUGUAUACCUUUUGCACUCUCUUUUUCCGUCGUAACAAAAGGGUCUUGA